UUUUCUGACUAGAUACAGAAUUUAAAAUGCUGCUGUCCCCAGUUCCCUAUCUUAAGCAGCCUUAAGGAAGGUGCAAGAGGAAGAACAAAUCUCAUAGUAGCUGUUAUGAUGUCAGACAUUCUAUAACCUCUGAACUCUGCUUCUAGACGACUAGAGCCUUGAGAUUUCCACAACAGACCUCUUGCCAGUUGAGUCAGAAUGAAGACUCUACUUUGGCUUUACCAUGUUUUCUGUUUUGUUUGCUACCGCUGUGCUGUGCUCCAAAUGCCAAGACUGAGUAUGAGUUCAAGCUCAAUGACUGGAAAUCUAUCACCAGUGAAUAGCUACAUUGAUAUACCAUGGCUGGCAUCCAUGCCUGGAAAUUGCCAGGGUAUUGUCCUGACUCCAUGGCUGAUUCUUUCAACAGCUAACUGUCUGAAGAAAUCGAAACCGUUACACCUGGACAUUUCAGGAGUAAACGACCCAGAAAGCAUUCCACAGGGCCAAAGAAUCUGCCUCCACCCCAAGUUUAAUCCCAACAAUGAAAAUGAUCCAGUGAAAGCAGAUAUUGGCUUGGUCAUUCUUGAAGAGCCUAUCUCUGGGGAUGAAAUACCACUAUCUCAGUCCUCUAAUAUAUCCUUGAAGAGCUGUUCUAAGUGCCAAUACAAAAGCUGUUAUGUAUAUGAAUACCAGAGUAGCCAGAAGCUUGGAACCACCAGAGUCAAGAAGAUAGAGGUGCAGCUGCUAGAUUUCUCAACAUGCCACCACCAACAUUCCAAUCUAGAGAAGACUGUGGGCUUGUGUAUUCAGAGUCAACCGCGGGAAGACUGCUGGAUACAGAGAGCCAGUCCUGUCCUAUGUCUCCUAAAGAACCGCUGGGAACUAGUGGGCCUCAUACAUAAGACUUCAAGGAUAUGCCAAAAUCCCACAGUCAUCAUUAGAACAACUCCUUACUUUUCCUGGAUAAAACGAUUCAUCAAGGCAUCUAAGAAGCUACUGAAUCCUACUUCCUCCUUACACUGUAGAACAUUGUAUGAAAAUGAGCAUGUUCCCCAAAUCAGACAUAGCCAUAAUUAUAUCCCAACUCUGGCCCCCAAUAAUUCCUCUUUGAGGGUUUUUCAAGGAAUAGGUAUUUCUCCACAAGCCAAAAUUACCAACAAUGUACCAACAAUCUUUAAUUUUAGUGAUGCAAAUUAUUUUCCUGAUAGUCAUAGAUUAUUCCUUUAUAAAACCCAGACCCCACAACCUGUCAAGCCAUUGCCUAUUGCUGGACUUCCAGGAAAUUUUGGACAGAAUUUAAUUCAGUAUCAUCAGUUUACUCCUCCACAUAAUACAGGUAAUUUAAGUAACUCUGACACAACUAUUUCUGGCACAACUAUAUCAUAUACUUCUCCUAAGACUGGUGGUGCUAAACCCUGGGGUUUUGCAGCAUAUAAUACUGCUCAGCCUUUUGAUAAAAUCAUGGCAGAUAUAAUUAAACAAUCAAAUCCAUCAGAAGAUAAUCAAGUGGAGCCUAAAAAUUUCCAUGAGGAUAGUACAACUGAUGGUUCUUGGAUGGAAAAUACUAGUGAUUUAGAAAAAUACCUGGAUCUUUUGAAGGCCAUGUCAAAUGGACCUCAGAAUCAAUAUACAACUAAAGCCAACUUACUACCAAGUUUCCCUUUAUCUGAAGGAGAGGAACUCAGGGGACUCUCUACUACAAGUGCAGCUGUUAACAAAACAGACCUGCCCAUGCAACCUCUACUACAAAAUGAAACGUUUAAUAUGCCUCCUUUUGAAAAGAGAAGGAUUCCCAAACCAAGCAGUAUAAUUAAGCUCUGGAAUUCUCCUUCUGACUACUAUGUUGUAAGUUCUCAACAUCAACUAGUUACUGAUUCAGUAAGAGCUCAGAAUCAUCCUGUAACUGAUGCCAAUAAAUUCCAGAUUCUACCAAUGGCCAGCAUAGGUAUACCCGUGACUCCUAAAUUUACCUUUGAAUCUUUACCUAUUGAUCUUGAGGCUAAAACCUCUCCAUACCCAAAUUAGCACAGUACAAUGCCAUCACAAGGCCAAUUUUCACUCAAGGCCAUUUCAUAGCCUAUAGUUGAAAUUAAACCCCAACUGAAAGCUGAAUCUGAGAGAGCUAGACACCCAGAUUAAUCUUAGCCUAAAGUAUCUCUAAGGUGAAGUAGACAUAGUAGGAUUUCUUGUCUGUAUCGAGGCUCACACUUUAGUCCCUUGGAACAACUUAUGGCCUCAUCUCAUUUGAAAUAUUGC